AUGUUUGCGCGUAUACUGCUCAAAGACAACGGAGAGGCUGAACUUCGAGCGAAGAAAAGUCUGAAUUGCGAAAAGCGUAAAAAUUAUAAAUUUGACAUUGCGGCCGUCGGAUGUUCCGGAGAAAUUUCAGACAAUGCAACCGUACAUAUCUCUGUUGUGGAUAUCAACGAAUAUCCACCUACGUUUAUCGAACCAAGUUACGUGAAACAAGUAGAUGAGGGAAGGUUGUAUAAUGAAAUUGUCAGAGUCGAAGCAACCGAUAGAGAUUGCACCCCUAAAUUUGGUGACGUUUGCAAAUAUGAAAUCCUCACGAGCGAUCAACCCUUUACAAUCGAUAAUGAAGGAGCCAUACGUAACACGGAACCUUUGGAUUACGAAAGAAGUCACAAUCAUAUUCUUUCCGUCGUUGCUUACGAUUGCGGAAUGAGACAAAGUUUACCGGUCAUGGUUACCAUCAAGGUUAAUAGAGUGUGCAAGUUGGGAUGGAAAGGAAUACCUGAAAGAAUCGAUUACGCUCCCGGAACCGGACGUGAAGAUUUAUUACCGGAUGCGUCUUUGGAAUUGUGUGAAAUUCCAUGUACCGUAUCGAAGGUUUUGACCAGAAUAAGUUUGGCAACUUCGCACAUUGGAAAAGGAUGCGAUAGAGAUACAUAUUCCGUACAAAGUCAAAGAAAGUUGUGCGGCGCCAACAAAAAAAGCGUGGAUUUAUUACCAUCGCCGGGAUUAGGAACGGAAUGGACGAAACCUUUGCCAACGGACGAAGGACGAGAAAGCGACGAAAUAUUUGAAUUUGACGGAUCCACAACCGCCGUCGCCAUUCCAAAAGAUGUCGUCGAUCAUAAUCUUUCAACGGUUUUCACAAUAUCCGCCUGGCUAAAACACAAACACAUACCGAAUCAAGAAAAACACGUGAAAGAACACGUUGUUUGUUCGGCAGACGAUCACAAAAUGAACAGACAUCAUUUUGCCGUUUUCAUAAGAAACUGUCGUUUGAUAUUAUUAUUGAGGCGAGACUUUUCCGAAGGUGAUUUGAACAUAUUCAGACCUGCCGAAUGGCGUUGGAAAAUACCUCAGGUUUGCGAUAACGAAUGGCAUCAUUACGCCAUUUCCGUUAAAUUCCCACAAGUCGAUUUAUACCUUGAUGGACAAUUGUUUAAAACGGAAAAGAAAAAUCCGGAAAUAAUCGACGAUUGGCCUUUGCAUUUGACGAAAGGAAUAAACACGACGUUGACCGUUGGAGCUUGUUGGCAAGGUAAGGGAGGAAGGCAUCGUCCCCCCACCAUUACGAACUUUAACGUGGAAUAUUUUUUAGGUUACAUAGCCGGUUUGAGUAUCCUUUUGGGUGAAAAUGAAAAAUCCGAGGUUUUGUCUUGUCUUCACAAGUGUAAGGAAACUUUAGAAGUACCAAGUGUUAAAUUACUGGAACCUGGAAUGGAACUUAUUACAAACAGCGAUCUGACGGAGCUUUCAAUCGAGGGUAAUAAUAAAACUAAUUUGGAAACUUUAAUACGUAAAGUCGGUUACAUAAAUUCAAGAGAAUUUCCAACUCCGGGACGAAGAAACAUUCACAUCAUGACACAAGUCACGUGCGAUAAAAAUCACGUUGUUAAAAUUCCACCUGUGGAAAGUUACGUAAUGGUUUUACAACCCCAAACACCGACGAUAGAAAUAAAUGGUACGUCAAACAUUGCGAGAGAAUAUGAAGAUUUCAGGGAGGGAGUCAGAGUUUUCACUGAUAUACACAUAACGGUCGGAACAACGAGCAAACAUGAAAAAGUUUGGAGACAAGGUGAACCCAUGAGCGUGAUUGAAAAAAAAUUAGAUUCUUGCACCGUAAGCGUUUAUCCAUCUCUUAAUCCGGAUCAUGAAACAUUAACACUACCAGAAAACAUGGUGUCACAAUUGGGUAUCACGGCUAAAGUAAAUAAAGAUGGAGCCGUUUUGAGGCACAUACAAUACACAAACAGAAAACCAGCUUAUUAUUUAAACAGGGUAUUUAAAUUGAUUUGUACGGAGCUUAACGGACGAUUCACGAGUAACGAAUAUGUUCAAACUCUUACGGUCAUUCAUCCACGCGUUCCUGCCGCCACGACGAAACCUCCCGCAAAUGAAAAGUACAUACACGAUAGAACUCAAGCAGUCGUGGCAGGAGGAAGUGAGUCGAUACCUUCUUUUUUUACCUUUUCGAGUCACGCGGUCACCAUAAUAAUUGUGGUUUGCGUCGGUUUCCUUCUUUUCAUGAUCGUACUCGGUGUCAUAAGAAUCCGAGCCGCUCAUCAUCAGAACACGGUACAAGAAAUAUCCGAUACGGAAAUGGCUUGGGAUGAUUCUGCACUCACGAUAACCGUUAAUCCGAUGGAAGUAAGUCUCGGACGGAGGAUUCGCGAUUCUUUUUUUUUGUGUCCAACAUUAACAAAUUGUGUUUUUUUUUUUUUUUUUUUUUUUUGGCACAGGAAAUGGACGGCGGAAACAACGGAUUUAGCGACGCGAGUAGGAAAAUGUUGGAUCACGACGACGAUCUCAGUUCCUCGGAUUCGGAAUGUUGCAUGGAUUCAAGCGACGACGAGGGUCCUCCGCCUUCUUGCAAGGGUUUAG